AGCAGGAAAGAAACCAAACAGUAGAUUUCUAAAGGUUCCAAGUAAGUAAGUCUCCAGAAAAGAAAAGGUUUUCAAGUCCGUGGUGGCGUGGCGUCGUUUUCCUAUUGUUGAGUGGCUCCUUUUCGUCACAAUUGCGGCUACCUGGCUCGCAAUUAGGUCAACCUGGUGCAUAUUUUUUGAGGAAUUUCUCGGAUUAGUGUGGGUGUGGUGGUGGUGUUGGUGUGAGAAAAGGGCUCGUGAUGGAGCCUACCAAUGUCGGAGGUACUGGACGAGGACUGGAGGCGACUGGCAGUGGUGAAGCUAUCGUCGGUGGUGGAGGUGGUGGUGGUGAGGAUGAAAAGGAGCAGGAUGGCUGGAGAUUUGAGUCAGUAAUGCCCCGACCAGAUCCCAUUAGAGCACGGAGUCUGUGCAGCAAACUUGAAACUCCGGCUGUGUUUGUAAAACGUGGUGGAGGAGGCAGUGGAAAAAUGCCCAACAUCAAAGUUUUCUCGGGAACCUCCCACCCUGGUUUGGCCCAGAAGAUCGUCGACAGGCUGGGGAUCGACCUGGGGAAGGUGGUCACGAAAAAGUUCUCCAAUCUUGAGACAUGCGUGGAAAUCGGGGAGAGCGUUCGGGGGGAGGACGUGUACAUCGUGCAAAGUGGGAGUGGCGAGGUUAACGAUAACCUCAUGGAGCUUCUCAUCAUGAUCAACGCUUGCAAAAUUGCGUCCGCCUCCAGAGUCACGGCCGUCAUUCCCUGUUUCCCAUAUGCCCGACAGGACAAGAAAGACAAGAAGCACGGACUUAUCAUGGCGAGCCGGGCUCCAAUUUCUGCCAAGCUUGUAGCAAACAUGCUGAGCGUUGCUGGAGCCGACCAUAUAAUUACGAUGGACCUCCAUGCCUCUCAAAUUCAAGGGUUCUUUGACAUCCCUGUUGACAAUCUCUAUGCCGAGCCAGCAGUCCUCAAGUGGAUUAAGGAGAACAUACCAGAGUGGAGGAAUGGUAUUAUCGUCUCGCCAGAUGCUGGUGGCGCUAAGCGGGUUACGUCCAUCGCGGAUCGCUUAAACGUAGAAUUUGCCCUGAUUCACAAAGAGCGUAAAAAGGCUAAUGAAGUUGCAUCAAUGGUCUUGGUUGGUGAUGUGAAGGACAGGGUUACUAUACUAGUAGAUGAUAUGGCAGAUACAUGUGGAACGAUUUGUCAUGCUGCAGAAAAGCUUUUGGAAGCUGGCUCUACAAAAGUCUAUGCAAUACUGACUCAUGGAAUAUUUUCUGGACCUGCUAUCUCAAGAAUUAAUAAUGCGUGUUUUGAGGCCGUAGUAGUAACUAAUACUAUUCCUCAAGAAAAACAUAUGAAUGAGUGUCCUAAGAUUCAGUGUAUCGACAUAUCCCUCAUUAUUGCAGAAGCGAUUCGCAGAACCCACAACGGAGAAUCUGUGUCAUUCCUCUUUGCCAACGUUCCUAUGUAAUAAAGACACCUACACUACCAUGCACAUUAUUGGAGAGAACAUCUUGAUUUUGGGUUAUCAUCAUCUGGGUGUGUCUAUCCUUCUCUCAAUUCGACCAAAUUAAUGGAGUGUACCCUUCGGAAUUUUUAAACAAGUUUUUUGUAGCGCUUCCAAUUGUUUAUUUAUAACCGAAAUAAAAAACCUUAUAUGUCAAGACGAAGCUCAGA